CAACAGCUAACAUAAUGGUGGUCCAUUAACUCGUCACGGUCAAUAAAAUGUGAAGCACAACAAAUACGUCAAGUAUGCAGUGACGAAGAUCGGCACAGUAACGACUUAGAUUAGCCGCGACAGCCGCCAAUGUCGGUUUGCGAUAGCAAGAGCAUAAUCUUGAUUCUGUUUCAUAAUAGAAAAAAUAUUUGCUUAGCACACCUUUCAAAGUGACACAAUGCGAACGUUUGCUUUGCUAUCUUGGAUUAUGUCGUGCGGAGUUUUUGGCUUGACCUCAGUAUUUAGCGACACCGCUAAAAACAUAAUACUGAAUAAUGUUCUCAAAGCCAUAGAUACCAACGAUUUCAAUUUCAAGUGCUCUUUCGAGAUUUUGGAUAACUACACAACUAACAUAGACAAGGAAAAUAUUCACCUCAAUGUCACUCAGUUAAUAAUCAAGAACAAAUAUCCAGUAGAAGAACACCACGUAACAACAGACGAUGGUUACAUACUCACUGUCAUCAGAAUGCCGAACGAUGGACCACCAGUGUACCUGAUGCAUGGGCUCCUGUGCAGUGCUGAUGACUUCGUUACAACAAACUUACCAAACUCUAUAGCUUAUAACCUCUGGUUGGAAGGCUAUGAUGUCUGGAUCGGCAACACUAGAGGGAACAAGUAUUCGCGAAAUCAUGCAAUUUUAAAUCCAGAUACAGAUAAACUAUUCUGGGACUUUAGCUGGGAUGAAAUCGGUCGAAUAGAUCUCACUGGCAUAAUUGAUUACAUUUUAACAAAAACUGGCAUGUCCCAACUAGUUUACAUCGGUCACUCGCAAGGUACAACUGCUUAUUUUGUAAUGUGCUCUGAAAGACCCGAGUACAAUGACAAAGUGGCGCUGAUGAUCUCACUAUCUACAGUAGGAUAUAUGUCGCGCCUCAAGAGUCCCGUGAUUCGAGCGAUGAUACCAUUCAGUGAGGACUUCGAACUCUUCUCAGAAUCCAUAGGUUAUUUUGAAGUUCUUCCC